UUCAGCACGGACGGUUCUGAUAUGGACAUGCAAAUUCCACAUCUUCAAUAUCAGAACUCGUGUAUUUUGUGAAGGAGUAUUAUUGUAAAGUCUCUUAAAUAACUGGUAUACUUGCUGAGGUGCUGUGUGGGCUGGCAGUGAUUUUUUGCAAAACCCAGCCAAAAAAAGUUGUCGAGCCCUCAGACUGUGCUUGUCUGAGCCGUUCGUGGAUGCAUGGCAGCGUGAGGCAUGUGCCAAAGGGAGUAUUGGAGCAGGCCAGAAGAAUGUUUGAGGGAGAAAUGGCAAGUUUGGAAGCCCUCCUGAAAACGCAGGCGAUAAAAGUGCCUAAACCCAUCAAAGUUAUAGACCUGCCUGGGGGCAGCACUGCAUUUGUGAUGGAACAUUUGGAAAUGAGGGGCUUAAACAGACAUUCAGCUCUUCUUGGAACACAACUGGCUGAUCUUCACCUUCAUAACAGGCAACUUGGAGAGAAGCUGAAGAAGGAAGAAAGCACAGUUGGUAAGGGACAAGGGCAAACGGAAGUCCAGUUUGUGGAUCAGUUUGGCUUUCAUACAGUUACCUGCUGUGGCUAUCUUCCACAGGUGAAUGACUGGCAGAGUGACUGGGUGACCUUCUUUGCCAAACAAAGAAUCCAGCCCCAGAUGGACAUGAUCGAAAAGAAUUCAGGAGACAGGGAAGCAAGAGAACUUUGGGCACAACUUCAGCUGAAAAUACCCAGUUUGUUCUGUGAUGUAGAAAUUGUUCCUGCUCUCCUGCAUGGAGAUCUAUGGGGAGGAAACGUAGCUGAGGAUGAUUCUGGUCCAAUUAUCUUUGAUCCAGCUUCUUUCUACGGCCAUUCAGAGUAUGAGCUUGCAAUAGCUGGAAUGUUUGGUGGCUUCAGCAGUUCUUUUUAUUCUGCUUAUCACAGUAAAAUUCCCAAAGCUGCAGGGUUUGAGAAAUGCCUGAAGCUUUAUCAACUGUUUCACUACAUGAACCAUUGGAACCAUUUUGGUUCAGGAUACAGAGGGUCUUCUUUAAACAUUAUGAGAAACCUUGUAAAGUGACUUGCUACUUAGGCCAAAUACCUCCCAGGUUGUUUGGAAAACCCCACACUCGUCGGUGCAGCUACAGGAGUAGUAAUGUUAAAAAAAUCCUGUGAGACCCCUCACCUUGUUCAGCUGAAGAUCUACAAUCAGUGAGUCCUGCUGAAUAACAAGCGUAACAGACAUCCCUUUGUAGGAUAGUUGGGAGUAACUUUAGGAGGGAAAUAUCUACGGACAGAGUUUAUUCAUCUGCACAGUGAAUAAAGGUCUCGGUGUCUAAAAAGCAUUGUCUGCUUGAGACUAUGCAAGGCAGUAGAAAUGAACACUGAGGAGAUGACUAGAAGAAGUGCUCAUUGCUUUUUGCUGUGUCUUCCCCCGUUUAGGAUAGAUUGCUCAGACCCUUUCAGCUUUUCAUGUCCAGUUGUGUGCAUGAGAGCAUUAUUAACAACAUAGUCUGAAAGUCAAUGGGAUAAAAAAUUUAAUGGGAACUGUGAGAAGGGAUUUGGACUUGCUGUUCAUUUUCACAGAAUGUGAAAAUGGAUAAGGUUGGAAGGGAUCACUGAAUGUCACCCAGCCCAAGCUCCCUGCUUAGGCAGGAGCCCAUAGAGCAUGUUAAUCAGGAUUGUGUCCAGAGGUCUUGGAAGACCUCCAGUGGUUUGCUAAAGCGAUUCUAUUGGAUGAAUACUGUUCUGUGAUAAAGUAGUUUGAAAUUUUUGUGCCUCCUGGAAUCUGUAUAGGCUAUAUUCUGUGCUUUCUGGUCAGUCGGCUUUUAUCCACAGCAGUUUUGUUUUCACCAGUACUAGUU